GCCCGGCAUGAAGGAGAUCCUGCUGAUGGGCUUCUACCAGCCCCACGAAGCCCUCAGCCGCUUCUUGGUGUCGGCGCAGCAGGAGUUCAAGAUCCCCAUCAGGUAUCUCCAGGAGUAUGCAGCGCUGGGUACGGGUGGUGGCAUCUAUCACUUCCGAGACCAGAUCCUGUCGGGUGGUGCUGACGCCUUCUUUGUCCUCAACGCGGACGUGUGCUCAGAGUUCCCCUUGCAGGAGAUGCUGGAGUUCCGGCAGCAGCACGGGGACGCGCACAGCUUUGUCAUUCUGGGUACCACAGCCAACAGGACGCAGGCGCUGAAUUACGGCUGUAUCGUGGCGAAUGCGGACACGCAGGAGGUCCAGCACUAUGUGGAGAAGCCUAGCACGUUUGUCAGUGAGAUCAUUAACUGUGGCAUCUACCUGUUCACACCUGCCAUCUUCCAGCACAUUGGCGAGGUCUUCCAGAGGAACCAGCAGGAGCUAGUGCUCUGUCCUUACCUUGGAGAGGAGAGCUCCAAUGGCUGGCAGCGUGCAGAAGUGAUCCGGCUGGAGCAGGACGUUUUCACGGCCUUGGCUGGGAGCGGCAAACUCUAUGUCUACAAAACUGAUGGCUUCUGGAGCCAGAUCAAAUCAGCAGGCUCUGCUAUCUAUGCCAGCCGCCUUUACCUGAACCAGUACAGCAAAAGCCACCCCGAGAGGCUGGCCCAGAACAAGCCCGGAGGCCCUGUCAUCCGAGGGAACGUGUACAUCCACCCAACGGCCUCCAUCGACAGCACAGCAGUGCUGGGCCCUAACGUCUCCAUUGGGGAGGGGGUGACGGUGGGAGCUGGCGUGCGUGUGCGAGAGUCCAUCGUCCUGCAUGGUGCCUCACUCCAUGACCACACCUGUGUCCUCAAUACCAUUGUGGGCUGGGACAGCACCAUUGGGCGCUGGGCCCGGGUUGAAGGAACGCCCAGUGACCCCAACCCCAACGAUCCCUAUGCCAAGAUCGACAGCGAGACCCUCUUCCGGGACGGGCGCCUCACGCCAUCCAUCACAAUCCUGGGCUGCAGUGUCACCAUCCCCGCUGAGGUCGUUAUUCUCAACUCCAUCGUCCUUCCUCACAAGGAGCUGAGCCGCAGCUACAAGAACCAGAUUAUCCUGUGA